UUUGUUGUGUGUUUAUGCGCUGCUUAGCAAACAUUAGAGCGUAUAAAUAUUGCGGCAAAUUGCGACUAUUAAUCAUUCGACCCAUAGAUUCCAUCGAUAACACAAUUAGCUUUGGAGAUCUAUACCAAAAUGAAACUCUUCAUUGCGUGCAUGUUUAUUGCCGCAGCGACGGCUGCAGUGAUUCCUGUCGAACAAGCCAGGCACCGUCGUGAUGUCUCCGAGAUCGUGAAUGAGUAUAUCCCACCAUUGGAGGAAGUUGGCACCGAUGCUCUCCCUGAGAACGUCGCCGAAGGCCCCACCGCUGUAGGAGAAGAUGGUUACCGCUACAAAACAGUUCGUCGUCUGAAGUAUCGUCAACGUCGCGAUGUAUCCGAGAUUGCCAACGAUUAUCUGCCUCCUUCGGAGGAAGUGGCCACAGAGGUUCCCGUUGAGGAAGUCGCCCAGGAUUUCGGUGUUCUUGGAGAUGAUGGCUACCAAUACAAGACUGUCCGUCGUUUGAAAUACCGUCAACGCCGCGAUGUCUCAGAGAUUGCCAAUGAGUACCUGCCCCCUUCGGAAGAGGUUGCUUCCGAAUCCCCAGUUGAGGAAGUCGCGCAAGAUUCCGCUGUUCUUGGAGAUGAUGGCUACCAAUACAAGACUGUCCGCCGCCUGAAGUAUCGUCAACGCCGUGAUGUCUCGGAGAUUGCCAACGAUUACCUACCUCCAUCCGAGGAAGUGGCCACAGAGGUUCCCGUUGAGGAAGUCGCCCAGGAUUCCGCUGUUCUAGGAGAUGAUGGCUACCAAUACAAGACUGUUCGUCGCCUGAAGUAUCGUCAACGUCGCGAUGUCUCCGAGAUUGCCAACGAUUACCUACCUCCAUCCGAGGAAGUGGCCACAGAGGUUCCCGUUGAGGAAGUCGCCCAGGAUUCCGCUGUUCUCGGAGAUGAUGGCUACCAAUACAAGACUGUUCGUCGUCUGAAAUACCGCCAACGUCGUGAUGUCUCAGAGAUUGCCAAUGAGUACUUGCCCCCUUCGGAGGAGGUCGCCACUGAGGUACCAGUUGAGGAAGUAGCCCAAGAUUCCGCUGUUCUCGGUGAAGAUGGUUACCAAUACAAGACCGUCCGUCGUCUGAAGUAUCGUCAACGUCGCGAUGUCUCAGAGAUUGCCAACGAUUACCUGCCCCCUUCGGAAGAGGUUGCUUCCGAAGCCCCAGUUGAGGAAGUCGCGCAAGAUUCCGCUGUUCUUGGAGAUGAUGGCUACCAAUACAAGACUGUCCGUCGUCUGAAGUAUCGUCAACGCCGUGAUGUUUCCGAGAUUGCCAACGAUUAUCUGCCUCCUUCGGAGGAAGUAUCCACUGAGGUUCCAGUUGAGGAUUUAGCCCAGGAUUCCGCUGUUCUUGGAGAUGAUGGCUACCAAUACAAGACUGUCCGUCGUCUGAAAUACCGCCAACGUCGUGAUGUCUCAGAAAUUGCCAACGAUUACCUACCUCCAUCCGAGGAAGUGGCCACUGAGGUUCCCGUUGAGGAAGUCGCCCAGGAUUCCGCUGUUUUCGGAGAUGAUGGCUACCAAUACAAAACUGUCCGUCGCUUGAAGUACCGCCAACGCCGUGAUGUCUCCGAGAUUGCCAACGAUUACCUGCCCCCUUCGGAAGAGGUUGCUUCCGAAGCCCCAGUUGAGGAAGUCGCGCAAGAUUCCGCUGUUCUUGGAGAUGAUGGCUACCAAUACAAGACUGUCCGUCGCUUGAAGUACCGCCAACGCCGUGAUGUCUCAGAGAUUGCCAACGAUUACCUACCUCCAUCGGAGGAAGUAGUUACUGAGGUUCCCGUUGAGGAAGUCGCUCAGGAUUCCGCUGUUCUCGGAGAUGAUGGCUACCAAUACAAGACUGUCCGUCGUCUGAAAUAUCGUCAACGUCGCGAUGUAUCCGAGAUUGCCAACGAUUACCUACCUCCAUCGGAGGAAGUAGUUACUGAGGUUCCAGUUGAGGAAGUCGCUCAGGAUUCCGCUGUUCUCGGAGAUGAUGGCUACCAAUACAAGACUGUCCGUCGUCUGAAAUACCGCCAACGUCGUGAUGUCUCAGAGAUUGCUAAUGAGUACUUGCCCCCUUCGGAGGAAGUAGUUACUGAGGUUCCCGUUGAGGAAGUCGCCCAGGAUUCCGCUGUUCUCGGAGUUGAUGGCUACCAGUACAAGACUGUCCGUCGCCUGAAGCUGCGUCAUCGUCGUGCCUUGUGAGCGCGCCAGCUGUUGCCUGCCUGUAUACGAUUAGAACCGUUUAGCCCCACCAACUCCUAUUAGGACGUAAGUAAGGAACCUGUUUUGCCAUUA